CGUGCAUUCGCGUGUGAUGGCUUUUGAUGAUUUUGGUUGUAUUUUUUUUGGUUGGCAGUUUGUGGACAUGUGGCGCUGAGUUGUCGUGACUGGUAGGAGCUAUGGCAUACCAGGCCAUGCAUGGGUAUAUAUCUGCAAUAACGGCAUUUGUUUUGAUCGGAUUUACACAACUUGUGCUCUCGAAUUCAUUCGCUCCAGACUAUGUCAAGAAACAUGCUCCUAUUAUAUGGCUUCAUUCGGAAGAUUCGUUGAUGCCCAGUGAUAUACUCGGCCAUGUAUCACAUACCACUCCCUACGACGGUUUCAAGCCCGUACGAGACUCCCCGGCUAUGGAUCUCGACAACUUGUCGUCUUUGAACAGGUUGAGUAAGGACACGUUCCUGACGGCGAUUGAGAAUGUUACUUCAAUGCCGGACUGGCUGCUGGGAGAGACACCAGACGCCAAGGGGGCCUUGCACAACUCUACCGCAUGUGCUGUCGUUCUCGUCGAGAAAGACAGUUCUGUCACGGAUGCGUUCUACUUUUACUUCUACUCCUUUGACGAGGGCGCCGACAUAACACAAGUCGUGCCACCUUUGAACAAAAUUCUGCCCGACGCUAAACCAGGCGACCAUUUUGGAAACCAUGUCGGAGACUGGGAACAUAACAUGAUCCGGUUCAAGGAUGGAGUACCUUAUGGUAUGUGGUUCAGUCAACAUGGCUUUGGCGAAGUUUGUCUCUGGGAGGACGAAGCUUGUCUUUCAAUGCAAAGUGAUAGGCCAGUUGUAUACAGUGCUAGAGGCUCACACGCCAACUAUCCUUCGGCAGGGAGCCACGUACAUGACUCCGCCUUGAUCGAUGUCGCCGAUAAAGGUCGCAUCUGGGAUCCGGUAUCACCUGCCUGGUUCUACUCAUAUGAUCCUACGACCGACCUCUUCGUGGCCUUGGAGCCAGAAUCAGCUCCGACAGAUUGGUUGUAUUUCAAUGGUGGCUGGGGGGACAAACAGUAUCCCGACGACGAUCCACGGCAAAGUACUGUUCCGUACUUUGGGCUGAAGAAGUACAACAGUGGUCCGACUGGCCCAAAAUUCAAGCACCUUGCACGCAAAGGAAUCGAGCCAGACCAAAAGCCGAAAGGGAGUCUUUUGAAGAGUGCGGUCGAGUUCUACAUGUCAAUGUAUGGAUGUUGUCUUAGAGGGAUAAAUCCAUGGGUUGUUGUGAUCAGCCUGGUCCUGAUACUUGCCCUUGUCAUCGGCCUGUUAGUAUUCACUGUCAAGCGCUUGAUCCCUGUCGUCAAGAGACGCCUUGUCAAUCAAAGAGCGGAGAAGGACAGCGAGGGACUCUUUUCGCGACUGAAGGACUGGAUAUCAAGAAAGAAGCGACAACCUAAGGAUCAGUCGGAAUUCUCGUUACGGUUGCUUGACCCUGAACGACCGGAUGACGAAGUAUGAUGAUUACUACUAGAAGGAGGAUCGUCGGCUACUUCUUGGGUAUAAAAUUCUGCGAAUGUCUUACUGUCCAUCCGACCCGUCGACGCUAAGUUCUAUCACCCAAACCAAUUGACCCUACAAAGCGAUCUAUGUCAAACAUUCCUAACCAUGCUUCGUUUUUCUCCCAUCUCAAAUUAGAUUCUACCCAUCUCCAUCCACCAAACAAAAAGCAGGACCGGCCAUUUACUGUUAAACACGUGCUGCCUUUUGCGACAUCUUUGAUGGCUGGUUUCUGACGAACUCCUGGAGCCAGAUAGGAUACGCCCUCAACCUGGCCAAGUGCUGAUGGUUGGCUGGAAGGACGAUCUGACCGCUACUUCCGGAGACAAUCUGCUUGACGACGGCGCCUGAGACAUCCUCUGGCUUCAGGAUGUUGUUCCCGAACUUGGCUCCUUGCUUCUCCAAGG